AAUUGUUUAAUCUCGAUUACAGAAUUCUGUCUUCAUUUUUGAAGUUUGUAAAUUGUAUGUGGAAAAGAUGCUUGGGCAGAGACAGACAGGUUGUCAAAGGCAUCCCCACAGGUUCCAGCUGUGCUUUGGGGGCUUCCUUCCGCCCUUCUCAGAACCUGGGCUCCAUGGUGAGAGCCUUCAGAACUCCUGGUCAUCUCCAUGUCAUAAUGAGGCAUUAGUCACAGAACCCCAGUUUGGAGGAAUCUCAGCAGCACAGCAUUUCAGAAUUGGGGGGGGCCAAGUGGCUACUUAAUCCAGUCUCUCCCCACAGGAGAUGACCUGGCAGCCUUUGCCCUUGACACACUCUGAGAACUUCAUGAGGCUUCUGGCACAUAGAGAGGUUCCCUGGCACACACUGAGAGAUUUAUGAAGCUCCUGGCACACACUAAGAGCUUUGUGAGGCUCCUGGCACACACUAAGAGCUUUGUGAGGCUCCUGACACACCCUGGGAGCUUUGUGAGGCCCAUUUUCAGUUGGACAAGGAGGAGCAGGGUUCAGAUGCCACCCAUGAUCCCCACUGCUUUUGGAACCCUCAGUGCCUCCGUUUCCCCACGUGCAGAAGGCGGGUUCGGCCAAGGAGCCUCUGGGACACGUCCGUCUGCGAACCAAUCAAAGGGGCACUGCGGGGGGGCCUGGAUCAGUAACAAGCUUCCCCCCCCCCUCCCAAGCUUUCCUGGGCUUUGAUGGAGUCUGUGAGGAAACCUCAGUGAAGCCUCCACCCCAGGGGGUCAAGCUCCUUCCAGCCCCUGGGCGGGGAGCAUUUAUGAAGUGCCUCUGGUGUGCCAGGGCCUAACGAGACUCUUGGGGUAUUCGGGGCACCCCUCCCCUCCUGGGCGUCGAACGAGCGAAGAAUAGCGGGCAAAGGUGGGGGUACGCGCAGGCGCGCGCGCCCCGCGAGGGGCCGUUACGACCGUUAGAGCCGUUUCGAAUUCCCUUCUGCCUUUCGCGCCUUCUCCGUUUCCCUCCUCCUCCCUGGUGACGUCAUCACCCAGCUCUGGAAGGGAGGGGCGGCCCUUACCUCGGGAGAAAGAUGACUAAGGAGCUCUUUCAUCUAGUUCAUUACUGGUGAAAUCUCUCCCCCCCCACGCACUUCGGCGGAAUGGUUUCUUCCGUCACGCCCUUUCCCCCUCCCCGCCCAACUCCUACCCUCCACCAGGUUGCGGGCCCUCCCCUUUUCCUACGCAUGAUUGGCUCCAAGGCCGGUCCACUUCGGACCCUCCCCCUGGAUUGGCCGUCUCGGCCGCCGCUCGGCCCUCGCUCGUCCCCUCCCCCUUCUAGCCUUUUCCCGUUCUCGCCUGGCGUGCCCCCACGCCCCUUACGUGGCGACGCCGCUGCCGACGCUUCCUCCAUAGACAAGCGAGCGGCUCGCCGACUAGAGGUGCUUGAGCCGUAGCCGUAGCCUUGUCCGCUGCGGUUGCCGUCUCCCUCACCCUGUGAGGACGGGAGCUCGGCGCCUGGCCGGGGGCUGCUAUGGUGCUGAGUUCUCCGGUAGAGCCGACCGAGGAGAGGCGGUUGCGGCCAUGAAGGCGGGUGCCACAUCUAUGUGGGCUUCGUGCUGUGGGUUGCUGAAUGAAGUCAUGGGGACUGGAGCAGUAAGAGGCCAACAGUCUGGAUUUGGGGGAGGUACCGGCCCGUUCAGAUUUGCCCCAAACACUGACUUUUCCACAUACCCACCAGCAGCUACAGGAGGAGCUAAUAUAGUUUGCAAAGCCUGUGGACUUUCAUUUUCAGUUUUUAGAAAAAAGCAUGUAUGUUGUGACUGCAAGAAGGAUUUUUGUUCUGUCUGUUCAGUCAUACAAGAAAAUUUCCGAAGAUGUUGUACUUGUCAUUUGUUACAAGAAACUUCCUUUCAGCGCCCUCAGUUAAUGCGACUGAAAGUCAAAGAUCUGAGGCAGUAUCUCAUUCUUCGAAAUAUACCAAUAGACACUUGCCGAGAGAAAGCAGACUUGGUUGAUCUUGUAUUGUGCCAUCAUGGAUUGGGCUCUGAGGAAGACAUGGACACGCACAGCCUGAAUUCUUCAAGAUCACAGACUUCUGGCUUUUUUACACAUCCAUUUUUUUCAACGUACCCAGUCCCUUCUUCAACAGUGUCUUCAUCGCAGGGAGACCUCACAAGCCAAAGAGGAAACUCUGGCCCUGCAGCACUUUCACAGGGACAAGGUGAAACGCCUUCAACGCACACAGAAGAUGAUGAAGAAAAUGCUGAAGAGACCCCUGGACUCUCUAGAAAGCGGAUGAGAGCUUCAUUAUCGGAUCUAUCAAGUCUUGAAGAUGUCGAAGGGAUGAGUGUCCGACAAUUGAAGGAAAUCCUUGCUCGGAAUUUUGUCAACUAUUCUGGCUGUUGUGAAAAGUGGGAGCUGGUAGAGAGAGUAAACAGACUAUACAAAGAAAAUGAGGAAAAUCAAAAAUCAUAUGGAGAUAAGAUGCAGCUCAAUGAUGAAGAAGAUGACAACCUCUGUCGGAUCUGCAUGGAUGCAGUCAUUGAUUGUGUUCUUCUGGAGUGUGGCCACAUGGUCACUUGCACCAAAUGUGGCAAGCGAAUGAGCGAGUGUCCCAUCUGCCGGCAGUACGUGGUUCGAGCUGUGCAUGUGUUUAAAUCAUAGAAAAAAUCUCCUAUUUGGCCCCACAAUUUUAUUUCAAAGGCAUUUCAAUAAGCAGACAGGAUUUGAAACCAUUGCUGUUCAAAGGCUGGACUUUUUUGUUUUUAAAAGUUUUGUUUGUGUUUUUUUUGUUCAUUAUGAAUUGUGGAAAGAAGAGUUCAUCUUGCUCAAGUUUGAUGUGGAAAUAUUUUCUCUAUGACAUUUCCUUUGGCAAUCUGGGAGGGAGUUUGAGUGGGUAGAAGGUUCCCAGGAUCCUUUCCAUUGACAAGAGCGUCCAGAUUUGUUCACAAACUGUUAAAGGAGUUUGUUUCAGCUUGCCUGUUGCUCUCAAGAGUCCUGCUCCUCCUCUUUCAUUGCCUCGACAUCAUUUUUUCAUUUUUACUUAACUGCUGCCCCUUCAAACAAGAUCAGUGUACGUGGAGGACAUAGUAUAUAUAUACUCCAAGCAGUGGUCACAGAUUAUUUACCCUUUUAUUAGUAAAGUGUUUAAAAUGCUAAUUGAUAAAAUAUAAGUUUCCACAUUGUUGCUCUUCUAGUGUUUAAAUUCAAUAUAAUCGGAGACAAAUGAGUCUACAUAGAAAACUGCCAGCGCCUUAGAAUAAACAUGUCAAUUUA